AUGGCUACGGCGCAGCAACAUAACGAAGAAGCUUCGCAUGGCUUUUGGUGGACACACCAGCGACUUGCUGAAGAGGCCGCAUCCGCAUUAGCGACGCCCACAGCGGAGAGCACCAUUCUCUCUUGCAUGGAUGAAGUUAAAGUGAUCGCACGGGAGCUGUUGAAGGUGGCGAUGCCCAGCAGAAGCGGGAAGAAGGAGAGCCUUCCUCUGAUAGACAGUGCUGGUCUGCAGGGGUGGCAUGAAAAAUUGAUUUGUGUGCGGGACCGGUUGUUAGUGGCGUUGGUUGCCGUGCAACAGGAGCAACACGACGGCGUGGCGGAGGUGGCGACGAGUGGUGGUGGCCCUGUUUGCGAGCGUGCCAGGAUGGAGCUGCGUCACACAGUGCACCACAUGCUGUUCCGGGUGGUUUUGGGCGAGUGGGCGGCGCAGUGGGCCUCCAGUAGUGAGGGGGCAAGCAGUGAAUCUGUGGAGCGUCUUGUGGAUGGCUUUCUCGAUGAUAUUGCCUUCACGUAUGCGUCGAGGUGGGACGCUGAUGAUGCGGUUGCGAUGCGUAAUAUUGUUUCUUCAUUCGUCGUAGAGACGUUGGGUAUGAUGCCCAUUGAGGAGGAGCGACUGCUACCGCGACUCGCGCAGCACUCCUGGGAUGCAUUUCUGCUGGAGCUGCAGGGCGUGGAGGAUGAAGUACAGCGUGUGUGUGGAGCAGUAGAAAAGGGAGAAAUGGUGGGGGAACGGAAGAGUACCGCCCAAGAUCUUGCGGCGCGCGUUAUUUGUGUUCUGAAGAUGUUGGCGGUGCUCCCUCCGACGGAAGCAGUGGCAACAGAAGUGAUGAUGGGCACGAGUACCAAAUAUGGUCAUGUGGUGCUGACGACGUCCGCGAAGGCGAGGGCGGUGGUGGAGUCACUCGGCAGGUGGCUGCCGGUGUGUGUCGACUUCUUCUACACCAUGGUGCCGCGCCGCCAUGGCGAAAAGAAGACGGAAGACGGCGGUGUGGAUGCAAACGAAGAGGGUGACGGCGCCGCCGCCGCCGCCGCCACCACGCCGGAGGCGCGUAAUUGGAUCCGUCGCCUUCAGCAGGAGGUGCAGCGUCUGUUCUUUGUGUUGGGGCAGUUCGAUGAGACCUCGCCGUGGAUCGUGGUACUUGCGGGAAUCACUGCUCGCACAUUCUUCAUGACGCAUGACUCUGUGGCUCAGCAGCAUGAGGACAACAGUAAUGACACGAAGAACAAUGAUGACGACGGCAUGCAGAUGCACGCAGCGCUCAAAGCGUUCUUGGCGUGGCAGAUGGAGGCGGUAGAGAGCGCACCAGCGUCACAGCGGGCGCUGGCAGAUGCUUGCAACAUGAAGAUGGGUCAUGUUGUGUCGUGCGCACUCGACAAGAGUGGCCCGAGCAGUCUCAGCAUCCGUGUGCUGCGCGUACUGCUGGUGCAGCGGCCCCUCACUACGCUUCGGCACUUCUUGGGAUUUCUGUGCCCUACCAAUAGUGUGGCGGCGGCGUGUGACUGCGAGGCGGCUAUCACAGACAAGGGCAGCUCCAGUGAGUCGCGCUCGCUUGCGUUUCGUGACGAGCCGCUGGAGGAAAAUGCGGCUGCACUGAUGUUCUUCCCCAAGUAUUUCACCGUGUUCUGUACUGUUGAGCAGGCGCUCUCAAGCCUCUGCGGCGACCUGGCGGGGGGUGACGUUGCCGCAGCUGCGCAUGUGGUGGAGUCCUUCGCUGCAGCUGCGCUCGACGAUGCGUUCACAGGCCUCAGCGGCAGUGGCGGUGCCGCUGCGAGUGAGUGGCUCAUGUUCUUGGCGUUUGUCUGCAGCGAGACGCCCCUGUUUGAUGUGGCCGCGCUACACCACGUUCGCAACGCCGCCCGUCGCUUCUUUGCGCCAGGGCGUGCAAUGCUGUCGUACCUGCGACGCCGCAUUGUAUUACACGGGCAGCACGGCCUCGCCGCCUUCUUCCUGCCGCCGCUGCGGGCAGUUGGCGUAGACUACAGCACCGCCGCUGACCGCGAACAUGUGAGCUGCGCGCUGCGCUACCCGCAGUCGGCGGAGGUGGCGUACUUCCAGGAGCUGCCGCGGGGCUUCUACAGCCGGCAGCCGAUGCGCCUCGCUGUGAACGCGAAGAACGACGCACUUCGCUUCUUCCACGAUUUCCUCAUGCCGCCAUCGUCAUCAUCAUCCGCAGCAGCAGCAGUACCAGGAGAAGGGACGACAAGAGAAGAUGAAAGCGUGGUGCUGCGUAACCUCUUCGUCGAUAUUGUCGCCCAUGUGGGUGUGUUGGCUGCCGCACGUGUGCGCGGCGAGGCCGGCUGUAACUCUGCGGCGGAUGCCGUCACGAUGGACGUGAUGUUGUCUGUGUUCUUUGGUGUUCUGCGGCUGUGCAGCAGCGUCACAUACUGGGAAGCCGCCAAGCGGCACGACAUUCAGCGAGCCAUUGUGCAGAGGAUGUGUGAGCUGAGCGCCACCCCAGCCUACGCAGUAGCAAGAGGAGGGGGAAAGACGCACAGACUGGCAGCGACUGCGGGCGGCAAAGGCGAGAGGAAAAGCCCACUGCCAAUGGCGUUCCUUUUGCGCGGCGGCUGCGCCCUUGAGAAGGCGACCGCAGAUGCUGCAACUGCAGGGAUGCCAACAGCAGCAGUACCAGCUGCAGCAGUAGAGGUUGGUGGUGGUGGUGGUGGAGAAAGGGGAGGUGCGGAGAUGCCGCACGCGUGGCACGACUGGUUCUGCGCCACAGAGUUUGAGGACCUAGAUGCACGUGCCGGGUCGUGCGCUAUGGUGCUGUUGAGGGCCUGCAACCGCCAGUACGUGAAGGACAUCCCGACGCGGACGCUGCUCGCACGUCGCUCAACGUUGGAGCAGCACGCAGCGAAGGAGAAAGACUCCGGCGCGCAGGCGCGGGCACUAGCGGCGAUGGAGGCAGCGAUACAACACGAUGUGAAUUUGCUGUCUUCGCAGCAAAGCAACAAGGAGAUUGUGCAACAACAACAACAGCAGCAGCAGCAGAUGAAAAAGACGGUCGCCGUGGAUGAGGAAGUCAAAGCCGAGGCGGACAUGGAGACAAAUAGGACGGGCAUCGAUGCCUCUGCUGCGGCAGUCACAACAGCACGGGGAGAAACAGCAAAACUCACAGGCGAUGUCAACGCCAACAAGGACAAGAACUCUGAUGGUGGAGCUGAGAACGAGGAGCAACAGAAGCAGCAGCACCAGCAGCAGAAGCAGUCGGCGCCACCUCCACGCCGAGAUGAUCGCCCACUUCCCCUUACAGUGGUGAAGCCGUAUAUUGAGAAAAUGGCACUGACGCUUAUGCAACGCGCUCGCAUGUCGGUGGUGGACGGCACGGUGUCUGGCAUGGCGCUAAAGAAGUGGUUGAUGGUCAUUGCGGGGCAGUUCGAGCCGCCGGCGGUGCUAGAAGCGGUGCGUCGAGUUGUACUGCAGGCAAACACGAAGCUCACACACGCGACAAAGCUCGAGUGUGCGUCGCUCUCAGCCUUUUUGGGCGUCGUCGCUGACGACAUUGCGCUUCCAUACAAGAUGAGUUUUAUUCAUGCUCGGUCCACACAUACAAAGACGCAGCAGCAGCAGCAGCAACAACAACAUGGCUCUGUGCGGGCCGAGGUGGAGGCAGACAAAAGCGAGUGGCCCCGCCACGCCCUCCCUUCGUCGGAGAAGAACGCCGAUAUGCUUCUGCGUGUUCUCAUCGCCGAUACCACACGCACGGUGACAUCAUUCCUAGAGGAGGGCACGCCGCUCGGCGACUGGAAGGCGUACUCGCUCGGCCUCCAUUUGAGGCGCAUCAUGGGGCUUGUGCAGCGCCACGAGGCGGCGUUCCGCGCGGCGCUGGCGAAGCGGCUGCAGCAGUUGGGCAUGACACCUGGCUCUGCGAACAGCACGCACCCAGUUCAGAUGCUCUCCGCGGUGGAGUUUCCGCUGCUUGAAAACAUGACGGCACCGGCGGGGGAUGUCGAUCACCUCUUCAGCAAUGCACCGCCGUCUGCGGUUGCAUCACGUCACCCACCGGCGUUCUCGCGGACCACAGGUGGACGUGGUAACAACAAGAGCAGCAGCGGUAGUGGCAACACCAACACAGGAGUAGCAGCAGACAAGCUAGCUCCAGGGGCAGAAAGUAGUGCCAAGAAUAAUAACAACAAUGGAAGAAGGGAGUGGGUGGCGUCAGGGGAUGCGCUCAGACGGAAACGGCAUCGCCCGUCGGAUGAUUCUUACACCCACCGACAUGGGAAGUGGAGAAGUGGUCCUCGUGAUAACGCAGAGUGA